CCGAUGGCCGGGGCAUAAAGCGCUCGCCAUCUCUCGUUCGCGUGACCUCUUCUCCCCCUCCUCGCCUCGUUGCUACCGAUCUCAUUCUUCGGAUCGCCCUGGUGCUCGAUCCCGAUCCCGAUCCCACUGGGAGUAAUGGCGGAGCAGCUCACCGACGAGCAGAUCUCCGAGUUCAAGGAGGCCUUCAGCUUGUUCGACAAGGAUGGGGAUGGUUGCAUCACCACUAAGGAGCUCGGGACUGUGAUGCGCUCUUUGGGUCAGAACCCCACGGAAGCAGAGCUACAGGACAUGAUAAAUGAGGUCGAUGCAGAUGGUAAUGGAACGAUCGACUUUCCUGAGUUUCUCAAUUUAAUGGCUCGUAAGAUGAAGGACACCGACUCUGAGGAGGAGCUGAAGGAGGCCUUCCGUGUUUUCGACAAAGACCAGAAUGGUUUCAUCUCCGCAGCGGAGUUGCGUCAUGUCAUGACCAACCUUGGCGAGAAGCUGACAGAUGAGGAAGUUGAUGAGAUGAUCCGUGAAGCUGAUGUCGAUGGAGAUGGUCAGAUCAACUAUGAGGAGUUUGUCAAAGUCAUGAUGGCAAAAUGAGUCUCUCCAGGAUAGAAAAUAAAACGCAAAACCUCCACCGGCAGUUAUUUAAAAUAACUGUUCUUACAUGUUUGAAAGAAACAUAUUUUUGAUCAUGCACUUCUAUCUUGUGCAUGGGCAUUUUGUUGAACUGGGUUUUCUGAUUAUUCAAAUCAGCCCUGUCUGCUUUUAUUUUCAGAAUGCUAAGUGUUUUGCUUGAAUCAAAUAUGUAAACCAUUCUUUCCACUCUUUGAUGUUUACUCUUGCAGAUUUGGAAUGAGGAAAAUAUCAUUUGCUUGUUC